AUGUGUUGCAUUAAAACAGACGUAAUAUUAAAAUCCUCUGUGGUAUUUCUUCAUUCAGAUGAGCUCGCUGUGAUUUGCCAAUGUGAAAUCAAAUCUAAUCUAAAGAAGAAGUUUCAAUGUGUAUUUGAGGGGAUCGCUAAACAAGGAAACCCAACACUUCUCAAUAAGAUCUACACAGAGCUCUACAUCACAGAGGGUGGAACAGGAGAGGUCAAUAAUGAACAUGAGCUGAGACAGAUUGAGACAACAACCAGGAAACAAGCAAGACCAGAGACUGCAAUCAAAUGUAACGACAUCUUCAAACCCUUAACUGGACAAGACAAACCUAUCAGAACUGUGCUGACAAAGGGAGUCGCUGGCAUUGGAAAAACAGUCUCUGUGCAGAAGUUCAUUCUGGACUGGGCUGAAGGAAAAGCAAAUCAGGAUGUCCAAUUUGUAUUUUCAUUCCCUUUCCGGGAGCUGAAUUUGAUGAAAGAGGACAAACACACUUUCAUUGAACUUCUCAAUCACUUCUCAAUUGAAACCAAACAAUCAGGAAUCUCCAUCUAUGACAAGUACAAAGUUCUGUUCAUCUUUGAUGGUCUGGAUGAGUGCCGACUGCCCCUAGACUUCCAGAAGAACAAGAUCUGUUGGGACGUCACAGAGUCAACCUCAGUGGAUGUUCUGCUGACAAAUCUCAUCAAGGGAAAUCUGCUUCCCUCUGCUCUCGUCUGGAUAACUACCCGACCUGCAGCAGCCAAUAAGAUCCCUUCAGUGUGUGUUGACCAGGUGACAGAGGUACGAGGGUUCAAUGACCCACAGAAGGAGGAGUACUUCAGGAAGAGAUUCAGUGAUGAGGACCUGGCCAGCAGAAUCAUCUCACACAUAAAGACAUCAAGGAGCCUCCACAUCAUGUGCCACAUUCCAGUCUUCUGUUGGAUUUCUGCAACAGUCCUUGAACACAUGCUGAAACAUAAGAGAGAAGAGAUGCCCAAGACUCUGACUGAGAUGUACACACACCUUGUGGAGUUUCAUACCAAACAGAAGAAUAACAAGUAUCUUGGGAAAGAAGAGACAGGUCCACACUGGAAUAAAGAGAGCAUUCUGUCCCUGGGAAAACUGGCUUUUCAACAGCUUGUGAAGGGCAAUCUGAUUUUCUAUGAAGAAGACCUGAAAGAGUCUGGCAUUGAUGUUAAUGAAGCCUCAGUGUACUCAGGAUUGUGCACACAGCUCUUUAAAGAGGAAUGUGGGCUGUACCAGGACAAGGUGUACUGCUUUGUUCAUCUGAGCAUUCAGGAGUUUCUGGCUGCUGUAUAUGUGUUCCUCUCAUUCAUCAACAACAAUGAGAAUCUACUGGACAAACUGCAAACAAAAGACGAGCCUGAAGUUGCUUUCUACAAGAGUGCUGUGGAUAAAGCCUUACAAAGUGAGACGGGAAACCUGGACCUUUUCCUCCGCUUCCUGCUGGGACUCUCACUGGAGUCCAAUCAGAAGCACUUACGAGGUCUACUGACAAAGACAAGAACCAGCUCACAGACCCAUGAAGAAACAGUCAAGUACAUCAAGGAGAAGAUCAGGGAGAAUCUCUCUCCAGAGAGGAGCAUCAAUCUGUUCCACUGUCUGAAUGAACUGAAUGACCAUUCUCUAGUGGAAGAGAUCCAAUUCUACCUGAGCUCAGGAAGUCUCUCAAAACCCAACCUGUCACCUGCACAGUGGUCAGCUCUAGUCUUCGUGUUGCUGACUUCAGAAAAGGAGCUGGAUGUGUUUGACCUGAAGAAAUACUCCAGAUCAGAGGAAGGUCUUCUGAGGCUGCUGCCAGUGGUCAAAGCCUCCAGAGCUGUUCUUGUGGAACAUGGUGGAGAGAACAGAAUGAAACCUGGACUUAGAAAAUAUGUCUGUGAUCUCACACUGGACCCAAACACAGUAAACAGACACCUCUCUCUGUCUGAGGAGAACAGAAAGGUGACAUGGAGGAGAGAGGAGCAGCCGUAUCCUGGUCACCCAGAGAGAUUUGAGGACUGUGGACAGGUGCUGUGUAGAGAGGGUCUGACUGGGCGCUGUUACUGGGAGGUAGAGUUGAGUGGGGGGGCUGUUUUAGGAGUGACAUAUAAAGGAAUCAACAGGAGAGGAGGGGUUAAGAACUGUUGUCUUGGAUACAAUGACAAGUCCUGGAGUCUGUUCUGCUAUGACAACAGUUACUCUGCCUGGCACAAUAAUAAUCCCACUACCAUAGACGUCCCCUCCUCCAGCCCCCACAGAGUAGGAGUGUAUCUGGACUGGCCAGCCGGCACUCUGUCCUUCUAUAGAGCCUCCUCUGACACACUGACCCACCUGAUCACAUUCACCUCCAAAUUCACUGAGCCCCUCUAUCCAGGGUUUAGGAUUGAUUAUGACUCCUCAGUGUCCCUGUGUCAGUUAAAACAUUUUUUGAAUAAUUAAAUAAUGAAAUAAUAACACAAACACACUGGACACACACUGGAUACACACAC